AAUAUAUGAAGUGAUUCAAACCUAAGACCUUCAGGUUCUAUACUAGUGAUAUUACCACCAGACCAAUCCAUUAUUGGCGAGAAUUGAAAUCUUUUAAUUAUUUAAAAUCUAGAGAUUUAGACUCCAAUUCUCCAAACGAGCCCUUAGAGCAAUAUUUGGUAAUAGAAAUUUUAAUAUUUGGUGCACUCGAUAAAUACCUAUACCGUACUAAUUUCCACCCGCAAAAUGGGUCACGAUUGUGAUUGCGGGAAAAUAUUAUGACCUCUGUUGUAAAUAGUCGGCCUUUCUCGGAAAACUCUCUCCUCUAGGGUUUUCUGGAGUAUUUAUUUCAUAACCCAACUCAACAAGUACCCAACAAAUCGUCCGCCAGCCCGCGUUCCCUUCCUCUUUAGUCUUUCCCCCCCUUCUUAAUUAAUUACUACUGCUGCUAGGGUAGAGUACUUUUUUACGGGUCCAACAAUGGCGGAUCUAACACAAGGCGCCAUCGCCCUUAUUGCCGGAGGCGCUACUUCGGGGGAACUGCAGCCGACCUUGCAAGUGACGGAACUGAGGGAGGUCCAGGCGAAACAGCAACAGAAGCAGCAGCACGGCGACCGGUUCAGGCUUAUUCUGUCCGAUGGUUCGCACUUGCAGCAGGCCAUGCUCGGCAUUCAGCUUAAUCCCUUGGUGCAACAAGGAAAGUUGCGAGCUGGUUCCAUUGUCCACAUGAAACACUACUCUCACACCAUCAUCCAAGAGAGAAUGGUUAUCAUCGUACUUGAAUUGGCUGUGGUGGUGGAAGAAUCUGCUUUGAUUGGCCUUCCUUCCUUACUGAAAAUGGCUUUACCGAGACACCAUAUGCCGCCAACAGCGCAACCAACGGCGGCGAAUGCUUCUGCAAAUCCUCAAUCGUCAGGCUCGAGCUCUGCACCACUGGAUGACGAGUCAUGUGCACAGCUUAGGGAGCAGAUUCAGAGGCUGACAGAAGAAAACACUCGUCUGCAGCAGAGAUGUGGUAACCAAGACAAAGUCGUGAGCACAGUCGUUGAGCAGAAUAAGAGGCUGACAGAAGAGAACAAGCGUUUGUACGAGAAAUACAAUCAUCUAGAGGAGAACUUAAGCCGGAUCAUUGAGCAAAACAGAAGCCUGACGGAACAAAACACUCGCUUGCAUGAGAGGCGCGGCCACCUCGAAAAGACUUUGGGCCAAGUCGUCGAGAGCUGCAACCGAAGUUUGAACAAUUGAUUAGUUCUCGUGCUCGUGCAUGCAAGUUGCAACAAAUGGUAGCGAAAGCAGUGAAAUUGAGACUAUUUCUAAUCACUUUGUUUCUCUUUAUCGUAAAUUGCAGAUCGAUGGAGUUCCUCGGAUCUUUUAAUUAGCAUGCAUGACCAUUAUUCCUAGCUAGAGGCUAGCUGGCUAGGUAUAGCUAGUAUGGAUUAAGUUUGUCAUUUGGAAAUUAUAUCUCAAAAUUGGUGACUUGUUACUUAUUACUGUUGAUUUCAAACUAUUGGUGUUUGCAUGUUGAAUUUUAGAGUGUGAACAUAGAUUUUGUUUUCAAAAUGUGAAACACCUUAUCGUAAUUUAUCUAAUUUUGCUUUUUUGAACAAUGUUGAGGAUAUUUUGAAACGGAGUAUGUGAAGUGUAAGAAUUUGGACUCGGAUAGAAAACACGAGUUCUUUGUUAUGAAUUGGGAAAUUGUUUUGGUUAUGGAAUGGAAUAUAAUGCAAAUUUGAAU